AUGAGUUUGAAACUGUUGAAUAACUCGUUUCAUCUCGAGUUUCUCAACGAUUUUCAAACUUUUCAUCGUCAUCAGAAACAGAAAAAGACCGAUGAGAAUGACAAAAUGGCAGAAACUGAAGAGAUUACAGUUGACCAAAUUCCAAAGUUUCUUCAUCCAAAUGGAGUUUCACUUCCUCAAAAAAGAGACGGAGAAAUGCCACCAGUAUUUCAAUGCCCAAUUCUCACAGACUUUCUGAUGCUGAAAAGUUCGGAAUGUAACCCUGAAAAAUUUCUCCAAGAUGUUGAUGUCUUCACAACUCUAUCUUCAAUUCGUAGUCUCAUUUGUCAAUGGAUGUCACGGAAUACUUCAAUUUUUCAAGAAUCAUUUGGAAGUGAGGAUCUGUGGAAUCUGAUGUCAAUUGAGAAACAAUUAAAAAUUAUUGACUGUUUCGAGAAUCGUCUUCCUGAAUUUCUCAUCGACGUCGCGUACGGAAUAGAGUCAGAAGACGCCGUUAAUAUGAUUCAUUCGGUCGCGUCAUCAUGUAUUCAUAUGUCACAAAAACCGAAUUUGGAAUCACUUUACUGA